GCAUCGCGGCGACUGCACAGUCGGCUCCCGGAGCUCACUGCAGGCGGCGAGGGCCCGCCUCCCAGCGGGGCAGGAGGCGUGGGCAUGGAACCGGCCGCCGCCUCCGAGUCCCGGGCCCGCGCCGCUGCCUAGGGCGUCCCGAGGGCUCCGUGGGGGUGCGGCCGUCACGCGGCUCCGGGGACCCGUGAGGCCCGGCGCGGCCGGGCGCUGCUCGGAUGGCCGCGCUCCCGCGGCCUGCGCUCACCCUCCUCCUCCUCCUCCUCCUGACCGCCGCUUUCACGUGCCAGGAGCAGGCCCAGACCACCGACUGGAGGGCCACCCUGAAGACCAUCCGGAACGGCGUCCACAAGAUAGACACGUACCUAAACGCCGCCUUGGACCUCCUGGGAGGCGAGGACGGGCUCUGCCAGCACAAGUGCAGUGACGGAUCUAAGCCUUUCCCACGUUACGGAUAUAAACCUUCCCCGCCAAAUGGAUGUGGCUCCCCACUAUUUGGUGUUCAUCUGAACAUUGGCAUCCCUUCCCUGACAAAGUGCUGCAACCAACACGACAGGUGCUAUGAGACCUGCGGCAAAAGCAAAAACGACUGUGAUGAGGAGUUCCAGUCUUGCCUCUCCAAGAUCUGCCGAGAUGUGCAGAAAACACUAGGACUAGCUCAGCAUGUUCAGGCGUGUGAAACCACAGUGGAGCUCUUGUUUGACAGUGUUAUACAUUUGGGCUGUAAGCCGUACCUGGACAGCCAACGAGCUGCAUGUAGGUGUCGCUACGAAGAAAAGACUGAUCUUUAAAGAAGAUGCUGACAGGUGGUGACAGCAGAUGAGGACAGAAGAACAUAACUUUUGACAAGAACUGUUUUUACAGCAUAAAGCUGCCUUAUUUUUGUGAAGGGAUUAUUUUAAGACCUUGACACUAAAGCUUCAAACUAAAGAAACAAAUGGAGGUUGUCUUCUUGGAUGUUGCUGCCUUGGUGUGCCAAAUUGUCUUUACCAAUCUGAGAAAAGGGUGCAUGUUAAGGGGAGAAUUUUUUAAAAGAAGGAGUCUGUAACUCAGUUUUCACAACUAUAUUUACCAAAAAAUAAGGUCAAAUGUAAAAUUUAUUAUAAGGUAUGUUCAACAUUAUCUUAUCUGGAAAUACGGGGAAAUCUUCACUUAUAAGUAUGUUUGUUUACUGUAAAAUUUAAAAUAUACGUUUGUUCCUGGAAGGAUGUGACUUUAUUUUUACUCUGUUUUAAUUAACACAUAAUAGACUUUUUCCAUAGCCCGUGAAUAAGUCACCCUUCUGUUAAUGACAGUAGUUACAAGGACAAGGUUUCCAUGUCUGUUUCUCUUUUAAAGUUGGAACCAUCUGCUGGGACCUCUUAGGAAGCAAAACUGGGAUAUCUAGGUAUUAAUGUAAUGUGCCUAGAAGGUGACAUGAGCAAAAUUCAGAAGCACAGCCAUUCCCAUUUUAUGAGCCACUCACGACAAAUUGCCUAAUUGGAGAAAAGAUGGGUUUAAUGAGACAAAUGAAAAGUUGUUUAACACACACAUCAGAGCAUUAUAUGCUGUUAUGCUUUGGUAUUUAUUCCCUAGUACUUGCUCUUUAUAGGGGAUUCUGGGAUAUUUUUAAGACUGUAGACCUUUUACUAGUAGUGGCCUUAAUAAAAAUUGUUCUUGAUAUUGUUGGGUUUUUAAAGUCUUUAACUGUGGAGUGAAAAGAGAUGGAAAAGCAAGAUACAAAACUCUUUUAUAGAGCUCUCAUUCACUUGAAAAUUAUUAACAGAUGUUUAAGGACAAAUUCUGGAACUUCCAGCUGCCUCUGAAAAUGUGAGUGUUGAAAGCUUUUCAGUCCCUUGGAAAGCUCAGCUGUGUUCCUCUGUCACUCUUUGCUUGCCACUGGCUUUCCCUACCCCAGGGUCCCAAGCCUUCACAUUUGCGUAACCUGCUGCCAAAGUUACUAAGAUGAAACUGCUUGGAAAGUCAGAGAAAGACAGCACCAGGAGAAGUGGUUCUUUUUAAAUCAUUACGGGCAGAACUGGGAGAACGAGAAAUAUUUUCUGGGAAAAGGGCCACUUUGAAAAUAUGUCAUUGCUGAGAACCCGAUAGCUUCGUAAAUGGAGAUGGUGGCUGCUGUCCUGGUAAUAGAUGUGUCCUCUGUUAGACAAAGCAACAUAUCCCUCAUAGCUAAGUGAGCAAACUGGGCUCCAGCUGAAAUACUUGAUCAGGUAACUUGAAACUUAUAAUAGAUUCAUGGAUUUUCUUGGCAGCGUUGGCUUUCUCAAGAAGACAAAGUCAGAAUGUCUUUAUAAAAUAUCUAAUUGACGGUCAUACAUUAUGUACAAUUAUCAGUAAAAGCUGUUUUUUUUUUUAAUGUUCCGAUUUUAAAAAACUUAUCUAGGAAUAAUUUUAGAUUUAUAGAAAAGUUGCAAAAAUAGUAUAGAGGCUUCUUGUAUACUCCUUACCCCUAAUGUUAGCAUUUUACAUGGCCAUGAAACAUUUGUUAAGGCACCAACAUUAGUAAUUACUAUUAACGGAACUCCGGACUUUAUUUGGAUUGCACUGCUUUUCCCACUAAUGGCAUUUUUCUUUUCCAGGAUCCACUCCAGGAUUCCACACUGUAGUUAUUGUAGGCCUCUGGUCUGUGGCAAUUCCUCCGUCUUCACUUGUUUUUCAUAACCUUGACAGGUCUGAGGAGUACUGGUCAGGUGUUUUCCUAGAAUGACCCUCACUUUGGGUUAGUCUGAUGUUUUCCUCAUUUUUGGACUAGAGUUGUGGAUUUUUAGGAAGAAAACCACGUAAGUAAAGAGUUCUUCUCAUCAAAUCAUAUCAGUAGUUGAAUGCUGUCAACUUGAUGUUGUGUUAACUCUGGACACUUGGGUAAGGUAGUGUCUUAGUUUUCUCCACUGUGAAGUUACCAUUUUUCCCUUUCUGUGCUCCUGUUCCUUGGAAGCUAGUCACCAAGUCCUGUCUCUGGGAAGUGAGGGGUGGGCAAGAUUAUGUUGUACCUCCUGGAAGGGGGAGUAUGUCUAAAUGUAGUACUUGAAAUUCUUGUCUCCCCCAUUUAUUAUUCAAUUAUUUGUAUCAGUAUGGACCAAUGUAUAUUUUAUACUGUGGGUAAUAUUCACACAUUUCAGCUUGGCUGUUGGGAGUUACGUCAGGUUUUGCUCCUUUGUCUCUUUGACCCACACCAUCCUUUUGACAUUUGAGCACCUCUAUACUUUCUGAGAAGAAAGCAGGAAAAUUGCUUCAGGCUCACCUUGUAUUUUCCCAGUAGCAGCUCUAGAAUCAGCCUCUUCUCAAAGGUUCCUUUUGUUGUAGAAUGGUUUGUAAUGGAACUUGGGAGCUAAGAUCUGGACAUUGCAUAUGCCUGUUGCUACUUUGAUGUCACUGCUUCUAGACCCUCCCAGCAAACAAAGCUAGGAAAUAUCUGUCUAUUAACACAUGUACAUAUCUGUAAUUUUUCUGUGUGUGUAUAUAUAUAUUAAGCUGAAUGAGUUCAUACUGUCUUUACUUGAAUUAUAUAUAACAAGGCAUAUACUUUUCAUUUAAAGAUGUGUAUACUAUAAUGUAUAUACUAUACAUUUAAGGAUGGUGUUUUCCCUAUCCGCAGAAUACAUUAAUAAAAAGCAAAAACAAAACAAAA